AAGGCGAAAACGUAGGGAGUCACGCGAAGCAAAUCCCUGGAGGUGGCUCGAGGAACCGACGCGGUACGUUCCCUGGCGGACUCUAGUCAGUCUGCAGGAUGAGGCGCGCGACGUGGCUGCUUUUUGCGUCUACCCUGCUUCUCGUCCAGUGGACCCACGUUAGCCGCGCUCAGAGGACCUCUGCGCGACAGGGUGUCAGUCGCGAGAACCCGACCGUUAACAUACCGGGUCAGGGAACCGUCCUCGGCAAAGAGGUAGCCAUCAGUAAUACAUUAAGACUAACGCAGUACCUCGGUAUCCCUUACGCGCAACCCCCGGUUGGCAAGUUUCGUUUCACACGACCAGUGACAGAUCCUCUUCCCUCUUGGAACGGCGUGAGAAAUGCAACGCAAUUCGCGCCAUCCUGUCAGCAGUCCUCGGAUCAGCAUAAACUGCACGAGAAGCUCUACAUGCAAUUGCUACCAUCGGACGUGCCGAAUCCAGGAUUCAGCGAGGAUUGUCUCUUCUUGAAUAUCUUCGUCCCAAACGAAGGAAACCGUCAGAGCGAGCCAUGGCCGGUGAUGGUUUGGUUCCACGGUGGCGACUUCAACACCGGAACUCCAGCGAUCUGGGAUGCCUCUAUAUUCGUUAGCAAACAAAAGGUGCUGGUGGUGACGGUGGCGUAUCGAUUAAACAUCCUCGGAUUCUUCACGACGACGGACUCCGAGGCGUCCGGCAAUUACGGCAUGUUCGAUCAGAUCGCCGCCCUUGACUGGAUAAAGCGUAACAUAAACUACUUCAACGGCUCGCCCAGCAAUGUCGUCAUCUACGGCCACAAUUCCGGCGCCAUAAGCGUGGGUCUGCACAUGCUGAGUCCGCUCAGCAGAGGGAUGUUCCACAAGGCGAUCGCCAUGAGCGGGGACGCCGUCGGUUCCGUCGGCACGCUAGAAAGGGAGAAGCCGGUCGUGAACAUCAUAGCCGACAGAUUCGGCUGCGACCGACGACCGACUAGCGCGCUGAUGGAAUGCCUGCGUCGGCAACCAGCCGAACACCUCAUCAAGUUCUCGUCCGACAUCGAGACUUGGGGCCCGAUCGUCGACGCCGAGACGAACAACGAUUCGGAUCCGUUUCUCGCGCAACAUCCGAAGGACAUCUUGGAAAGUGGUAACUUCAAUGCGGUGCCGCUGAUCACCGGUUACACAAAUAACGAGCAAGCUCUUGCGUACAUGGAGACCACUAGCGGCCAGAAGCAAGAGGGCGGAUUAUCUUCGGAGAGCUUCGGGACGAUGAUCACAGACGAAUUCACGGCGGCGGUGCAGACCCCGGACGACAACAGCACCUGCGAGUCGAAGCCCGAGAUGGUGAUAAACGCGGUGCUAUUCUUCUAUAGACCGUAUCCACCCACAACGAACAUGACGGUGUUUCGCGACAGAUACUUGGACCUGCAAACGGAAAAGAGUUUCGCAGCCGGCCUGACGUUGUUGGCGGACAAAGUGGCGAAGCAAAAAGCGCCGGCUUUCGUAUACCGGUUCGACUAUCGUCCCAAAACGCAACAGGUAACGAAGGACGUGCCGGAAUGGGCGGGCGUGCCGCACAUGUUCGAGCUCCCAUUCGUCUGGGGUUUACCGCAUCUGGUGGGCGCCGGCAUCACGAUACAAUGGAACUUCAGCGACAAGAAGACGUCCGACUCGAUGAUGACGAUGAUAGCGACGUUCGCCAAAUCCGGGAAUCCCUCCUUGAACGAGCGGACAUCAUCAAUCAAGUGGGAGUCUUACACGCAGGACAAUCCGAACAUUCUGAUCAUCGACAAGAAUAUCGAGAUGAAGUCAGAUGUAGUGGACUACAGGGCGCUCGCAUUCUGGAACGAGUAUUACCCGCAGGUCGUAAUGGAGGCGACGAACAAUUGCUGCAACAUCACGAGCAUGGCGACGACAUGGAGGACAUUCUCUCGUAGCGUGUACCUCAGCAGCGUGAUGGCUACGGUGGCGUUGCACCGCUUCUGGUUCUAGCUACGGUCACAGCGUGAAAAUAUUAAAUACUGAAUUGUAACAAAAAAAAACGUGUUAUUGCGCUCGCUGUAUAUUUUUAAUAGACCAAUAAUGAAAAAAAGACGAGACGGCGUCGUCGAUUUUGCAAUUUUAUAACAAGAUCUCUUCCCCCACACUCUACUUUUUAGAAGCAAACGCAGUAACAAUCUUGUUAUAUCCUUGUAGAAUACAUAUCUCGCGAAGAUACUUCGCAUUUAUUUGUGUGAAUAGAUUCUGCGUACGUAUUCACGAUAACUGUUUCACAAUUGCUGUACGCAGCGUUAUACUUAAAUUGAGAGUUGUUCUCGCACUCGUAUCCAUUGCGAUAUGGCAGUAAUGUUAAAUUUUCCUACGUUCGCAUUUGACAGCUCAAUUACAUUGCGUAUAUCACAAAGUUAUUUUAUUCCGUUCUUUUUAUCUUACAUGUUACUUGAUGUAGAUUAUACGAAACAAGGAAAAAUUAUCUACAGGCUAAUCAGGCGAACGACAGAACAUGGUUCACAAACGAGACAAAGGGGGCUCGGAAUGAAAUAAAAUGAAAUCCAGGUUGCAUUACAAGAGUAGGAAA